GGAGCAGCGCCAGGAGGAGGAGGGAGGAUGAAUCCGGUGGAUGGAGGAGGAGAAGCGGGCCCGGACGGCCUGGCGACGGCAGGUUCAGGGAAAGCAGAGUGUGUUCGGGCGGUCGACGUCCUGACGGUGCUCAGAGAGAAAGUGGCCUUCGUGUCGGGUGGACGGGACAAACGCGGUGGACCAAUCCUGACCUUCCCUGCCAGGACCAAUCAUGAUCGAAUAAAACAGGAGGACCUCAGCCGAUUGGUCACGUACCUGGCGACCAUACCCAGUGAGGACGUGCGUGCUCGUGGCUUCACGGUGGUGGUGGACAUGCGUGGCAGUAAGUGGGACAGCGUGAAGCCGGUGCUCCGGACGCUGCAGGAGUCGUUCUCCUCCAACAUCCACACGGCGCUGCUCAUCAAACCGGACACCUUCUGGCAGAAACACAAGACCAACCUGGGCAGCGCCAAGCUCAGCUUCGAGACCAGCCUGGUGUCGGUGGAGGGUUUGUCCCGGCUUGUGGACCCGUCCCAGCUGACCUCUGACCUCGGCGGCUCGCUGGAGUACGACCACGUGGAGUGGACCGAGCUGCGUCUGGGUCUGGAGGAGUUCUCUGGGGCCGCCACUCAGCUGCUGUCCCAGCUGGAGCAGCUGGAGGCCGGGCUGAACCGCAUACCAGAGCCCCAGGACGUGGACGAGGCCCGCAAACUCCUCGAGGAACACAGUCGUCUCCGUAACACCAUCGCCACGGCACCUGUCGACGGCCUGGAGCGAGAGGGGCGGAGCUUGCUUCAGCGCAUGCGCUUGGGCCCCUCCCACGGUGACGCCUCUACUGAAGGCAGCGGCGGUGGCGGCCACGGCAGCUGGCUGUCGGGCGGGGCGGACUUUCAGAGCGUUGCGCCGAAGGUUUCGUCUCUGCUGGACCGGCUGCAGGCGGCUCGCAGUCACCUGCUGCAGAGCUGGAGUGACAGGAAGCUGCACCUGGACCAGGCGCUGCAGCUGCACCUGUUCGAGCAGGACGCCACCAAGAUGUCGGAGUGGAUCGCUCACAGUAAAGAGUUGUUCAUGCAGAGUCUGGCGGAGGUCGGCCAGAACCACCAGCACGCCCUCGACCUCCAGACACAACACCAGCACUUCACCGCCAACUGCAUGAACGGCAGCGUGAACGUAGACAGCGUGGUGACCGUGGCGGCGAGGCUGGCGGAGGCCGGUCACUACGGGGCAGAGCGAAUCGCCAUGGUGUCGUCACGGUUACAGGAAGACUGGAAGUCCCUGACGACGACACUGGAGGAGCGGAGCAACACGCUCGCCAUGGCAACCGGCUUCCACCAGGGGGCAGAACAGUUCCUGCUCAGAGUGGAGGGCUGGGUUCAGACGUGCUCUGAAGGGACGUUGCCUUCAGCGACAGCAGAGCUGGAAGCUGCAACAAAGAAACACCAGGAGCUGAACGAGGAGAUCUCUGCUAACUACACACAGGUCAGUGAGAGUGGUAAAGCCUUAUUGGAUGUCCUCCAGCGUUGCCCGGCGGCCGACUCCGAUGACGCAGCCACCAAACCAGACUUCAGUGCUGCCACGCAUGGCAUCAUGGGAGUUCUGCACCAGGUCAUGCAGGGUCACCAUGAGGUGGAGGGGGCGUGGCAGCAUCGUAAGCUCCGCCUCCACCAGCGCCUGCAGCUGUGUGUGUUUCAACAGGAUGUUAGACAGGUGUUGGACUGGGUGGAGCAGCACGGUGAGGUUUUCCUCAACAAACACAGCGGCGUGGGGAAGUCUCUGCACCGCGCGCGAGCGCUGCAGAAACGCCAUGACGACUUCCAGCAGGUCGCACAGAACACUUACACUAAUGCAGAGAAGCUUCUGGAAGCAGCCGAUCAGCUGGCUCAGUCUGGAGAGUGUGAGGAGGAGGAGAUCUACCAGGCAGCCCGAGACCUGGAGCUCCGCAUGCAGGCGUUCAUCCAGAGAGUUGAACAGAGGAAGCUGCUGCUGGACCUCGCUGUGUCUUUCUACACACACACCAAGGAGCUCUCAGUAUGGAUGGAGGGCCUCCAGAAGCAGCUCUCCUCAGAUCUCUGUGUUUGUCCGGACACCGUUGAGGCUCUGCAGGCUCUCAUCAGCCAGCAGCAGCAGCAGCAGGCCAACACGCAGGAAGCUGCGAUGAGUGUCAUCCGGGAAGGAGAAGAUCUCAUCCUGCAACUCAGGCCCCAGGGUAGCUCGGUGGCCCAUGUGGAGUCAGUGUUGCAGCAGCUGGAAGAGUCUCAUGUUCAGUUGGAGGAACUUUUCCACCAGAGGAAAAUCCGAUUGGAUGUUUACCUGCAGCUCCGCAUUCUGCACCAGUGCACACUGGAGGUAACCGGGGAAAUAGAUGCCUGGAAGCAGGACCUCCAGAAACAGUCCCAGGACUUCUCAGCAGAAAAGCUAGCAUCGCCACGGCUAGCCGAUGCAAACCACGACAAGCUAGCCCAGGACAAGCUAGCAUUGGGCCAGUCACGGCUAGUGGAGGCCAGCCCUGAGGUGCUAACGCUAGCACAGCAGCGCAUCCACAGGCACAUGGAGCGAAGGCUGGCUAUGAACAAUAUGAUCUAUGAGGUCAUCCAACAAGGUCACGACCUUCAGCAGUACGUCACUGAGGUCCAGGCAUCGGGUAUCGAGCUAUCGGAGGCAGAGGGGGGUCUCUCCUCUCAGGUGGAGGAGCUGCAGCACCUCCUGCAGGACAAACAGAAGGAGAUGCAGCAGAUUGCAGAUCACACACACACACACCUGGAGCAGAACCUGCAGCUGAGACACCUGCAGAGCCAGGUCAAACAGGUGCUGGGAUGGAUCUCAGAGGGGGAGGUCAUGCUGUCGUCCUGCAUGUUGAACUCCAGCUGUCUGUCUGAAGCCGAGCAGCUGCAGAGGGAGCAUGAGCGCCUCCAGCAAGCCAUAGAGGCUCUGCUCCACGCCGACUCCCUGCAGAGGACUCAUCAGGUGGCUCUGGCUCUGCAGCAGAGAGCAGAGCUGCUGGUCAGGUCAGGUCACUAUGAUCCAGAUGGAGUGAGGUCUUGUGCCCAGACGGUGGCGCUGCACUGGCAGACUCUAAUGCUGAGGAUUGAAGACAGACUCAAACUGGUGAACGCCUCCGCAGCCUUCUACAGGACAUCCCAGCAGGUGUGUGGGGUACUGGAGAGUCUGGAGCAGGAGUACCGCCGGGAGGAGGACUGGUGUGGAGGUGGAGAGAGACAACCGGAGCAGCUCAUGCCACUCAUCAACAAACACAUGGAGCAGAAGGAGGCGUUCCUGAAGGCCUGCACUCUGGCCAGACGAAAUGCUGAAGUUUUCCUCAAGUACAUCCACCGCAACAGCGUCACGAUGGCGAACAUCUCAGGCCACAGCGUCACCGUCUCCGUAACGGGGACCGAGGUCACGGGGCACUCCAGGGUACCAGAGCAACAAGUCAAAGGUAUCCUCAGUGAGUUGCUCCAGAGGGAAAACAGAGUUCUUCAUUUCUGGACUUUGAAGAAACGUAGACUGGAUCAGUGCCAGCAGUACCUGAUGUUCCAGAGCCACACCCAGCAGGCUCUGGAUUGGCCACAGUCAGGUGACCACUACCUGGCCACGCACACAUCGCCGGGCGCAUCGGCGUCUGAAACACAAGAACUGCUGAACCAACACAGAGAGUUUUGUGUGUCGGCCAAGCACACCCAGGAGAAGGUUCACCUGCUGAUCCAGCUGGCUGAGAGCAUGCUGGCUAAAGGCCACGCCCACCGCACUGAGCUUCGUCGCUGUGUUGCCACGGUGGAUAAACGAUCGCGACUUCACUGUCAGGGUGGGACAGUACCGCCACCUGCUGGAGACGGCGCUGGGAGGCUGCUCACAGGAGGUCCAGAGGAGACAUGGUCUAACCAACUCCAUCUCCUCCGCUCUGAUCAAACCCGUUCAGAGGAUCACCAAGUACCUCUGCUGCUCAAGGAGUUGCUAGCGUGCUGCGAGGAGGGGAAAGGGGAAAUAAAGGAAGGCUUGGACGUGAUGCUGAGCGUACCGAAGAGAGCGAACGAUGCUAUGCACGUUAGCAUGCUGGAAGGUCUGGAGGAGGGUCUGGAGGUGCAGGGCGAGCUCCUCCUGCAGGACUCCUUUCUGGUUUGGGAGCCAAAGUCUCUGAUCAGGAAGGGGCGGGACCGACACCUCUUCCUGUUCGAGCUGUCACUCAUCUUCAGUAAAGAAAUCAAAGACUCGUCCGGACGAACCAAAUACCUCUACAAGAGCAGACUGAGGACCUCAGAGCUCGGUGUGACGGAGCACAUAGAGGGGGAUCCCUGUAAGUUUGCUCUGUGGGUCGGACGAACGCCGACAUCCGACAACAAGACGGUCCUGAAGGCGUCAUCCUUGGAGCUGAAGCAGGAGUGGGUCCGCAGCAUUCGCCAGGUGAUCCAGGAGAGGCGGGGCCACCUGCGGGGGGCGCUAAGGGAGCCCAUCCCCCUCCCAAAGACACCAAACCCCACCCUGGGCCGACAGCGCAGCAUCAGCCGCAGGGAGACCAGCGAGGACGCAGACAGCCUGGGUGACGCCAGCAGCCAGCCCGACACAGUCUCCAUCGCCUCCCGAACAUCUCAGAACACAGCCGACAGCGACAAGCUGUCAGGAGGCUGUGAGUUAGUGGUGGUGUUGCUGGACUUCUCCUCCGGGGGACCAGGAGAGCUCAGCGUCCGCUGCGGUCAGACUGUGGAGCUGGUGGAGCGCUCGGCCGAACGGCCCGGGUGGUGCCUGGCCCGAACCACGGAGCAAACGCCCCAACAGGAGGGUUUAGUGCCGAUGAGCGCCCUCUGCCUGUCACACUCCCACAGUGCAGCCGACAUGGAGGGGCUCGUCCCGGCUUCCACCACCUCCUCCAGCACCUCCUCUACGUGCACCACCACCGCCUCCUCCUCCUGCAACUCCUCCUCCACCACCACCACCUCCUCCAAUAACUCCAACUCCUCCUCCACGCUGAACGCUGGGAGAGAGUCCAGCCUGUACGGCUCUGAAGGGUCGGGGCCCCAGACUCAGUCACCCAGCCAGAGUGCCACCUCCCCCACAGUGUAUGGAGUGGGCGGGGCCCCAGGGGGCGCUGUCGGCUCUCCGGGGUCGAAACGCAGCGUCUCUGGAACUGGAAACACCCUGAAGCGCUGGUUAACCAGUCCCGUCCGGAGACUGAGUCAGGGGAAGGCUGACGGGCAGAAGAAGCCUCCAAUCAGAACCAGGAGGCGGGACAACAGGCCAGAGCAGACCACACCCCUCACCGGCAACGCACAGACGAAGGCGAGGAAGGAGGAGGCGGGGCAGAGCGGAGGGGAGGAGGAGCCAGAGGAAGAAAGCCACACCCUCCUUCCGCCGCCCAUGCAGAUCAUCAAAGACCCGAACAACCCCGAGGCUCUGGAUUCAGAUCAGGGCUCCAAUGAGUCGGACACCGAGCAGCGAAAUAAAGCGCUGAGAGGACGCAUGUUUGUGGUUAACGAGAUGAUCCAAUCAGAGAAGGACUAUGUGAAGGACCUGGCUGUGAUCGUGGAGGGCUUCAUGUCCAGGUUGGAGGUCAGAGGGAUCCCAGAGGACAUGAGAGGAAAAGACAAGAUCGUCUUCGGGAACAUCCAGCAGAUCUACGACUGGCACCGCGACUUCUUCCUGGUGGAGUUGGACCGCUGUGUUCAGAACCACGACCUGCUGGCCGACCUCUUCAUCAGACAUGAACGUCGUCUCCACAUGUACGUGGUUUACUGUCAGAACAAGCCGAGGUCGGAGUUCAUCGUCAUCGAGUACGAGACGUUCUUUGAGGAGAUCCAGCAUGAGAUCAGCUGCAGGAUGUCGAUCAGUGAUUACCUGAUCAAACCCAUCCAGAGAAUCACCAAGUACCAGCUGCUGCUGAAGGAUUUCCUAAAGUACACGUCCAAAGCAGGACUCGACUGUGAAGAGAUCGAGAAAGCAGUGGAGCUGAUGUCAUUGGUACCAAAGCGCUGCAACGACAUGAUGAACCUGGGACGCCUGCAGGGAUACGAGGGGAAGCUGACGUCUCAGGGGAAGCUCCUGCAGCAGGAGACCUUCUGUGUUUGGGAGCAGGACGGAGGAGUUCUGUCUCGCAGCAAAGAGCGAAGAGUUUUCCUCUUCGAGCAGAUCAUCAUUUUCAGUGAGCUGCUGCGGAAAGGCUCCAACAACCCGGGAUACCAGUUCAAGAACAGCAUCAAGGUGACUUACCUGGCGAUGCAGGACAGUGUGGACGGUGAUCCGUGUAAGUUUGUGUUGUGGUCUCGUGGCUCGGCGGAGCGCUUCACACUGCAAGCGUCCUCCGCCAGCAUCAAGAUGACCUGGGUGGAGAACAUCGCCACCCUGCUGGACGCCCAGAACAACUUCCUGUCAGCUCUUCAGUCUCCCAUUGAGUACCAGAAGAAGGAGGGCGGCAUCUCUGUGACCCGCCCUCUGUCGUCGGGACGACCCCCGUCGGCCCCGCCCACACCCAACGGCCACGCCACUCAGCCUCCACCUGACGUCGAGCAGGACGACCAGGAGCUGGUGCUGGUGACGCAGGACUUUGUGGCGGUGCGGGAGGACGAGAUCUGUGUGUUCCGGGGGGAGAAGGUUCAGAUUCUGGCGUCCAACCAGCAGGGUCAGAGUUUGGUUUACCGGCCGGCCAACAGCGACUCGCCGGCCGCCGAGGGCUGGGUGUCACGCAGCGUGCUCAAAACACACUGACACACAUACACAAUUACACACACAGCAGAGUCAGACUAUGGUUUACUACAUACACGCCAAAUACUGCAGGCUAACAGGGCCAGAGGCAUGCUGGGAAAUCCUUUUAUGAUGGUUUGCUCUGAGAGAGGUGGAGCCUUCAGAUGGGGAUAAAAUGUCCUGAUCACAUUCGUGCUCCAAAGACAGCGGCCCCUGAUCGUUUUAGGUGACCGCCUGAUCUUUCCUGUAGCGCCACCAUCAGGACAAACUUUACAUUUGACCGUGACGUUGUUGAACAGCUCCGUCAAAGUUUACAAACAGUA